AUGGAUGGCGCCGAACACACAUAUUGUAUACAGAUCAUUAAAGAUGAAGUACCUAAAAAUGAUUGUUUAUGUGAAGAUUGCAAAUUUGGUGAUGUUUACGAUAUUACAAGGGUUCAAGUGGAACCAUUCAACAAUCAAACCACCAAAUCUAAAAAUGAAAAGAAGUUUUUGAAUACACAAACAGGAGAUGACAAGCAAAUAAAAAUUCCAAAAUUACCCCUACAAGAUGAAGUCAUUAUACUUUCAAAUUUGAAAAUUAUGAAUGAAGAAGAUUGCAUGCACAACGAAAUUCCACAACUACCCUUGGAACAAGAAUACAUUAUUUAUGGAAAUGAGAAUGCACAAAUGAAUUGGUGGAUGAACUAUAGCCAAUGGAUGAUCGUUGACACCAAUGGCUCUCUCUUGGAAGAUACAGCUGACUCGUUAAAACCUUUGAAAACACCCCGAGUCACAAUUCAGAGACGAAAUAGGUUCUCUAAGCUUAAUCAUCUACCAGAUGACAAAGAUUACCGAUAUGGGUUGGAGUUACCUGUAGAUGUGAACCAUCCAAUACAUGGUGAAGAUGAUGUGCCACAUCCCACUGAAGAUGAUGUAGGUGUGGUCCAGCCAAAUCCGGCUGAUAAUGAUGAAUCAGAGCCGGGUGAAGACUGA